AUGCCAAACUUCGCCCGUCCACCCCCAACCACCCAAUAUGCCCUGCUGUCUUUCCCAGCUCCGCACGUCCUCCUAGUGACUCUCAACCGGCCACGCGACCUGAACUGCAUCAACUCACAGGGCAAUGCAGAGCUGCACGAGGUGUGGGAAUGGAUGGAUGAUGAGCCCAGUCUGCGGGUCGGUAUCUUAACCGGAAAGGGGAGAGCUUUUUGCGCCGGGGCGGAUUUGAAAGAAUGGAACAAAAGCACCCAAUCAAACACCACCAAAUCCCCCAUGCCAGCCUCCGGCUUUGGCGGUCUAUCCCGCCGCAAGGGCCGCAAACCCGUCCUCAGCGCCAUCAACGGCCUCUGCUUCGGCGGCGGCGCCGAAAUGAUGAUCAACUCUGACCUGGUCAUCGCCGCCUCCCGCGUCUCACUGGGUCUCCCCGAGGUGAAGCGCGGAGUCGUCGCGCUGGCCGGUGCCUUGCCCCGUCUCGUCCGAACAGUCGGUAAACAGCGGGCUAUGGAGAUGGCGCUGACGGGUCGGGCAUACUCUGCCGCACAAGCAGAGAAAUGGGGACUGAUCAAUGAAGUGGUUAACGUGGAUGAUUGUGUGGGCGCUGGGGGUAAACUCGAUGAUGAUGCUGUUUCGAAGAAGGUGGUUGAACGGGCAGUGCAGGUUGCUUCGGAGAUUGCGGGGAAUAGUCCUGAUGCUGUGCUUGUUAGUCGGGAGGGGAUUAAGUUGGGAUGGGAGGGGAUCGGUGCUGAGGAGGGGACUGUUAUGUUGAAUGAGACGUGGGUGCGGCGGUUGUAUGAGGGGGAGAAUAUUAAGGAGGGACUUAAGGCUUUUGUGGAGAAGAGGAAGCCUGAUUGGAAGGAUAGCAAGUUGUAA